GUCUUUGUCAACAUGUUGCCCGCCAAAGAUACUGAACCAAACCUGAACACGCCGCCAAUACUCAUUUCUUCUCCACUUUCAAAAUUCACACCACCAGCGUUACCUUCAUUGCUGUUGCUCUUCAUCGAAACAACACUUCACCAACAUAACCAUCAAUGGCACUCAUCAAAUCAAGGGCACACUCUCACUUGCACCACUCUCUUUUCCAGCACUUACCAUCCACUUUCAGACUAUGUUCUUCCACACCUCUUCUUUCAAACGAGAACGACACUCCUCAAAACACCAACCUAUCACCCGAAGACUCCACCAUAAUCGACAAAUUUCACACCGUCAUCAAAGACCACUACCGCAAAAACCCUAACCCUAACCCUAACCCUAAUCCCGUUUCACCCUCACUCAAUUUCUCCAUCCCCGAUCUCACCGUUGAUUUCUCCAAAAUCUCCACCGUCCAUUCAAUUUCCCCCUCCAUCACCCGCCGCGUGAUCGAAAAAUGCGGCGGCAUCCGCCACGGUAUCCCAUUCCACCAAUCCCUAGCUUUCUUCAACUGGGCCACUACCCUAGAAAACUUCCCCUCCUCCCCGGAGCCUUACCACGAAAUGAUCGACCUUGCCGCAAAACUCCGACACUUCGAUUUAGCAUGGAGUUUGAUCGAUUUGAUGAAAUCGCGUGGCGUCAAAAUAACCAUAAGCACGUUCUCGAUUCUCGUCCGGCGAUACGUGAGGGCUGGAUUGGCUGCGGAGGCGGUGCACGCGUUUAACCGUAUGGAAGACUAUGGUUGUACUCCUGAUAAGGUUUCGUUUUCGAUUGUUAUUAGUAGUUUAUGUAAGAAGAGAAGAGCCACUGAAGCGCAAACGUUUUUUGAUAGUCUUAAGCAUAAGUUUGAGCCUGAUGUUAUAGUUUAUACUAGCUUAGUUCAUGGUUGGUGUCGCGCUGGGGAUAUAUCGAAAGCCGAGGAGGUUUUUAGUGAUAUGAAGGUGGCUGGUGUGAAGCCUAAUGUUUAUACUUACAGCAUUGUGAUUGAUUCGCUUUGUCGGAGUGGACAAAUCACUCGGGCUCAUGAUGUUUUCUCUGAGAUGAUAGAUGCUGGGUGUGAUCCUAAUGCUGUUACUUUUAAUAGUCUAAUGAGGGUUCAUGUGAAAGCGGGUAGGACUGAGAAGGUUUUGCAGGUUUAUAAUCAAAUGAAGAGACUUGGUUGUGCUGCGGAUACGAUUAGUUACAAUUUCCUCAUUGAGAGUCAUUGUAAGGAUGAGAAUCUCGAUGAAGCUGUGAAGGUUCUUGAUACAAUGGUUAAGAAAGGGGUUGCUCCUAAUGCAUCUACUUUUAAUUCGAUUUUUGGAUGCAUAGCUGAGUUGCAUGACGUGAAUGGCGCGCAUAGGAUGUAUGCUAAAAUGAAGGAACUGAAAUGCUUGCCUAAUACGCUGACUUAUAAUAUACUUUUGAGAAUGUUUGUUGACUCGAAAUCUAUUGAUAUGGUUUUGAAGUUGAAAAAGGAAAUGGAUGAGAAUCAAGUUGAACCUAAUGUGAAUACUUACAGGAUUUUGAUUAUGAUGUUUUGUGAAAAGGGGCACUGGAACAAUGCAUACAAGUUCAUGAAGGAAAUGGUCGAAGAAAAAAGCCUAAAGCCAAAUCUGUCGAUUUAUGAAACGGUUUUGGAGCAACUGAGGAAGGCUGGACAGCUCAAAAAGCACGAAGAGUUGGUCGAGAAGAUGGUUUCCAGGGGAUUCGCCGCUCCUCGCCCUUUGUAGAAGUUGCUUCAAGCUGAACAAGGUAUUCAAUUGAGCACUUGUUCUCUGAAACGAACUUGUAAUUUUUGCUUUAGAAUCCCUGAAUGGUUUGACUGAAGGAAAGGAACCAAUACACACAUUAGCAGUAUGUCCCUGCCGGCCUGAUGUUCAUGGAGAUGCUAACAAGUUUUGCUUAUUCAAGAAUUAAGAAAGACUGAGACGCUCUUAUAUGUGGGAGGAGGCAACUCUAUCCAUGAAAUGUGACGUCUGUUUUUACCGGAUUAUAAAACUUAGUUUUGAAUUUUGAUUUAGUGGUAGCAAACUGCAUUAACUGCAAAAGCCCCUUUAAGCUAAGCAAGCUGUUAUGUGUAAUGUGUUGGCUGUUUAUAACUUGCAAGACUCUAGUUGGUCUCUGGUUGAUAUUUAAAAAUUGUAGUUGGUUAGCUGAGAAAAUGUUAGAUGAUUGUAAUAAUAAAAUUAUGUAUUGGAUUGUUGUUGGUUUUCUCGGUUUCCCAUAGUAUUUCAUUAUUUAUUCGUU